AUGCUUUAUCUUGCCACGUUGGUCAGUGGUGUUCUGGGAGUGUCAGCCCUCCUAUCAAGGGAAGGGGGGGCAACGCCUGAUCCGCGAGCUCUACUAGAGCAAGGUAUCGAGUCUCUCGGAGGCGCGGCCAACAUAACACAAGUCCAUGGUGUCACAUACGCUGGCUCAAAGUCAUACCGGACGAAAACUUUGAUGCAGAGUUUUUCUCUAGACGGCGUUGACAGAGGCGUCUCGGUUCUAGGCACUCAACACGUCACGUUCUCAUUUGAUGGACCUCAAAUCAAGCAGCGUAUUCAAGUGGAUCAUCAGCUCGACGGAUUUUGGAGCGGCUUUUCAAGACCGAAUUUAGACCACGUUGGCUUUACCAUCGUCGUUCAGGGAGGUGACGAUGGCUUUGCAGCCGUCACCGAGGGAAACAGAAACAUGUUUGAUCCCAACGCAGGGCCACAGGGAUACGUUGAUGGUGUGCUAGCAGCUUACUUGAUCAAAGAAGCAAACAAGAUGUCGCCUUUCCUGAUUUCCAAAAUUCUGGCCAACAAUAACUUUACCUACCGCGAGGAAGCCCUUUGGACUGGCGAGCGGCUACACGGCGUGUAUGACGGUAAUUUAGAUUUGACGGUGCUCUUCGAUGCCGAAACCAGCCUGCCAUACGCUAUCCGCUCGGCCGAAAACCACGACAUCUUUGGCCCGUCCACAAACGACCUGGUCGUGUACGAUUACAUCGAUUCCAACGGCGUCAAGUUUCCGACUGGAUGGAAAACGUUUUACAAUGGUCGACACCUUCUCAUGACCAGCGGUGUCUCCCAAGUGCUCGUCAACCCCUCUUUCGCCGCGGGAUUCUUCGAUGGCCCGGGAGACCGCUCGAGACUGGAGAAACCCAGAAAGAGCCCUCAGCAGGACUUCUCUGAAGUCGGCGAGCGCAGCGGAGUCUACAUCUGGCUAGGUCCGUUCGCAAUGACCGCAGCAAACAUCUCUGCUAGUCAGCCGCUGCCGGAGCUUCCAGGUCUGUGGUAUUUGCAGAUCGGAAAUGUCCGCCCGACCUACAGACAGGUGGUCCUCGUACUCGAAGAUUCCGUCAUUGUGAUGGACAGUCCGCCGCAUCAGAGUCUGUUGGUACUGGAAUGGAUAGAACAGACGAUCGGGAGGAAGGUCACUCACGUUUGGGUCCACACGCUUUUCCCAGAAGUCGUUCUGACUCGAAGACUUAGGACCGACGAACCAUUCUCAUUGAAUGGCAACAAGAUACAGGCUAGGUUCAUGCAUAUGAAAGCAUCGAUGCAUUCAUUUGACCACACAUAUGCCGUCAUUUUCCCAUCUCAGCCCAUGCCGAACAGCACCAUGGCCGUCUUUGACGCAGAUCACGGACGGAAUGAGACUGAAACGAUCCCGGUACCUGCUGAUGACGUCUUAAUGACUGAGCUUGUAAGAGCCCUGGUCGACGAUCGAGUGGCCAGCCACGCAACACUUUAA